CCAACCCAACAGGAAGACAACAGAUUUUUGAUACGAUGCAAAAUUGCGACUGUGGAUCAGACUGCUAAUUACGGACAUCAUUUUCGCACAAAGACGAACAAAUUAGUAAAAUGCCAUUAUUUGAUGGGUUGGGAAGUGGAGGAGAGAAGACUGCUAUCGUCAUUGAUUUAGGAGCAGCAUACACAAAAUGUGGCUUUGCAGGGGAAACGGGGCCCAGGUUCAUAAUUCCGAGCGAGAUCCGGAAACCAGGACAGCAGCAGGCCACCAAAGUGGUUCAGUACAACAUCAACACAGAAGAGCUUUAUGUCAUACUCAAAGAGUUUAUCCAUAUACUGUACUUCAGACACCUGCUGGUGAACCCUCGCGACAGAAGAGUGGUUAUCAUCGAGUCCAUCCUUUGCCCGUCUCACUUCAGGGAGACUCUCACCAAGGUUUUCUUCAAACAGUUUGAGGUGCCCUCUGUGCUGUUUGCCCCAAGUCACCUUAUGGCCAUCAUGACUUUGGGCAUCAACUCUGCUCUGGUGAUGGACUGUGGCCACACAGAGACACUGGUGUUGCCUGUUUAUGAAUGCACUCCUAUUCUGCCAGCUUGGGAGGCUUUGCCUUUGGGAGGGAAAGCCAUCCAUAAAGAAUUAGAUGGACUUCUUGUGGAGCAGUGCACUGUGGACACAGACACGACCACUGGGCAGAGUGUUCCUGCUGCCAUUGGGACCAUCCCAGAGGAGACUGUGGAGGACAUCAAGGUCAGGACAUGUUUUGUCAGUGACAUGCAGAGAGGCCUCAAGAUCCAAGAAGCCAAAUUUAACCUGGACGGUACAGCUGAGCGUCCGACCCCUCCUCCAGACGUUGAUUAUCCUCUGGACGGGGAGAAAAUCCUGCACAUCAAAGGAUCGAUCAGGGACUCUGUGAUGGAGAUCCUCUUUGAACAGGACAAUGAGGAGAAGAGUGUGGCCUCUCUGAUGCUUGAUGCUCUGGUCAAGUGCCCCAUCGAUACCCGUAAAGUGCUCUCUGAGAACCUGGUGGUGAUCGGAGGCACGGCCAUGCUGCCGGGCUUCCUGCACCGUCUGCUGGCGGAGAUACGCCUCCUGGUGGAGAAACCCAAGUACAGCGACGUGCUGGCCAGCAAAAGCUUCCGUAUACACGCUCCACCUGCGAAGCCCAACUGCACCGCCUGGCUCGGAGGUGCAAUCUUCGGGGCCCUUCAGGACAUCCUGGGCAGCAGGUCGGUGUCACGAGACUACUACAACCAGACAGGUCGCAUCCCAGACUGGUGCUGCUUGAGCUCCCCUCCUCCUGAGUCUCUGUAUGAAGCAGGGAAGACCCCUCCUCCACUAAUGAAGAGAGCCUUCUCCACAGAGAAGUAGAAUAUGCUGUAACAUCAUUGAAAUAAUAUACUCUCCUUCUACCUGAUAGAACAGUUCAAUAAUCUUUGAUGUAACAUCUCAACACACGUCUUGUUAAUGUGUUAACUACACAAACAGAUCUAGAUGUUUUUAAUGUCUAGUAGUCACAACAAAGUUUUUGUGUGCAAUGAUUGUGGGCUGUUUGAUGAUCAGGUGAGCUGGUUAUUGACCUUAACAGACGGAACAGCUAAUGGGAUUUUUGGCGGUUACAUUGAUAUUCUUCAAGGAGUGUUAAAAUUGCUUCUGUGCUACAUGCAGCCAUGUCUUCUGGUGAAGUCUGAUUCAGCAAGGCACUAAACCUGAGAAGCUUACUGUUGUUGAAUAACACAUACUCAGCAGAAAUGUUUCAGAUGACUACAGAGUUGGGUUGUAAUCCUUCAUUCGUUAGCAAAACCACAGGAAAUGUUGCGUAGCAUCGGAGAAAACUGUAAUUAUUUCAGUGUGACGUAUGAUAAAGUGUUGAAAUUUCACUUUGAUGGUAAUACCCCACAGAGUUUUCCAAAAAAAAAGAAAAACUGAUUUAUUUAUUAUUUGUAUUUAGCCAUGUAAAGUUGUAUUGAAACGCAUUAAACGCCCUGCACACUCACACAGAUGUUCUCAGUUUUUCAUGGUAAUUAGCAUCUUGUCAUAUUAAAGUUGCAGUCGUUAGAUGUCAGUCAUUAUAUUAACACAACCAAACAGUCCUGUAAAGAGAUGUAAUAAAGGUAAA